AUGGCGCGUCGCCUGGCGCUGCUCGCGCUGCUGGCGUGCGUGGUGGCGCUUCGCCGCCCGCCUCCUACUUACGACGACAUGUACUACUCCGACUCCGGGGACUCCUAUUCCCUGUGGGAUGAUUAUGACGACUCCUACGAAACAACCCCUCCGCCGCGAUUACGUCCUACGACGACUAGUGCUAAAGUGAUACUAAGGAAUAAAGUUCCAAAAGUGAACGUGACGGUUAAAACGUCAAAAGGUGAUGAUAAAAAAAUAAUAAAAACCACAAACAUUAAUAUUGAGAGUCAUACAAACUUUAUAGUGACAAAGGCUCCUGUUGUGAGUCAAGGGACGGUCACAAGGCGCCCUGUGAUCCAAAUCAGUGAAGACUAUGUUAUAGUUGAAUCUCCAGAGCUACAUGCCGAUCAGUUUUCAAAAUCUAGCACGAAAAAGCCUGUGACGUCACGUCGGCCAUCCUCCAGCAAGCGACCUACGACAAAGCGGCCCCCAACGACUCGUCGAUCGCGACCACCGCUUAAAACUACCAAAGCUCCAAAAGUAAAAAAACCUACAUGUCCCCCGAAAAGUACUGGGUGGCUGUCAUCAUUUUUUCAAGAUGUCAAAGAAAAAAAAACUCCCAAGAAACCCGCAAAAUCAGGUUGGUUAUUAGUUCCAGGUAUAUUUUCAAAUAUAUACAAUUGGUUUGUGAACAAAAAAACUUCAUGGUUCGGCGGAGACGGCGGAUGGUUCCAAGGUUCGGUAAAAGCCAAAAAACCAAAUUAUAUUUUUCCAACGACAACCACACCAGAGCCGCUCACGCCUGCGCCCAGCUGGUUCCAUACCCUUGUUGAAUCGGAGGAAAACGAUGGUGCCUACGCCAGCGAACUCAGUACAAGUAAGAAACCAACAAAGAAAUCUUUGAAGAAGACAUACAAAGGUUAUCAGUUGUUGCGAACAUACCCAGACGUACAAUGGAAGGUUCAAGAAAUGUUAGAUUUACAAGAAGAAGCUCAAGGUUCUGGUAUAAUGUGGUGGACUCCACCCUCUCUGAAUGGCACUACGGAUUUAGUCGUACCCUCAGACUUACUAGAAGACGUCAAAGAACAGUUAAAAUCAUCGCAGAUAGAUUACGAUGUAGUUAUUUGGGACUUGCAGAAAGCCAUCGCCUACGAAAAUCCACGUUUAUCAAAAAAACAAAGAAUAGAACUUGAACAAGUUCGAGGACAUCCGAUGACCUGGAGACGUUAUCAUCGUUACGCCGACAUAUUACGUUAUUUGGAGUAUUUACAACAUUCUCAUUCCGAUGUAAUAGAACUGAUUCCUCUCGGUCGCUCUUCCGAAGGUCUUCCUUUAGUGGCUGUUAAGAUCUCGGUAUCGAAUGACAAUCAGAUGAAGGAAUCUGGAAAUAAAACAAAUAAAAAGAAAUGGAAGCUUCGGUCCCAUAUGAAACCAGCUGUGUGGAUCGAUGGAGGAACUCACGCUCGGGAGUGGAUAGCACCGGCUGUCGCAACAUGGAUAAUCCACACUCUUGUUGAAGGAGAAAAAGGCUUAGGAGCAGACUUAGAAGUACUAAAGCAAGCUGACUUCUAUAUAAUGCCAGUGUUAAACCCAGACGGGUAUGAACACUCGCACACGCAUGACCGACUAUGGAGCAAAACGCGUUCACGCUCCCCCGAUCAUUCUGACGACUACUUCGUUGGCUGGUUUCCAUGGAACUGGGGUCAAGUUGAAUGUGUGGGUGUGGAUGCAGACCGCAACUGGGACUACCAUUGGGGCGAGAAAGACUCCUCGACGGAUCCUUGCUCAGAUAACUACGCUGGGCCCCAUCCGUUCAGUGAACCCGAGACGCGGGCUGUUUCAGAAUUUCUUGCAGAGCAUCGAGGACAAAUUAAAGUUUUUAUAUCUCUGCAUGCCUAUACCCAAGCUUGGCUAGUACCAAGUUCCCAAGCCCACGCGCCCUUCGCCGAUGAUGGAAUACUCAUGGAAAUGGGAAAAUUGGCAACAACGGCGCUUUCCGACUUAUUCGGUACCAAGUAUCAGCUGGGCACUGUGGCAGAUUUGCGGCAGCCUGCGUCUGGGAUGUCUCAUGAUUGGGCCAAGGCUCGGGCUGGCAUCAAGUUUUCCUAUCACGUUGACUUGCGAGAUUCGUUUGGACCUUACGGCUUUCUACUACCUGGAUCGCAAAUUGUAUCAACGGCUCGCGAAACUUGGCAAGCAGUUAAAGCAAUUGUGGACAAUUUGACACCUUAAUUUACUUUCUAGCAAUAUGACUCGUAUUCGAAUGACGAAUGUACAUACACGUAUAACUAGAUUGACUGUAAUCAUUUAAAAUUAUAAGUAAAAUUAGAUUAUCAGA